AUGCAGGAAGGAGCGUAUUAUAGUACUAUCGAAGAUGAACGUAUGCUUAGUGCUGAACAAAUGGAUAGGGAAAGACAAAGGAACCAAGUCUACGAAUACUUAUGCCACUUAGAAGAGGCUAAGAAUUGGAUGGAAAGAACGAUAGGCGAAGAAAUUCAGACCAAUUCUUUUGAAGAAGCUUUACGUGAUGGUGUUUAUCUAGCUAAACUAGUCAAAGUCUUUAUGCCCGAAUUAGUCCCACGUAUUUUUACUGAUCCAGUCUUACAGUACCGACAUACUGAUAAUAUCAAUGCUUUCUUUUCCUUUACACGAUCAGUUGGCUUAUCUUAUGUUUUCUUAUUUGAACUAGUAGAUCUUUACGAGAAGAAGAACCCGCCACGAGUUAUUUACUGUAUUCAUGCUUUAGCCCAUUUACUAGCCAAGAAGAGUGUUGCUGGCAAACUUUCUUCUCUAGUAGGUACAGCCAGAUUUUCUGAUGCUGAGAUACGAGAGAAGGAAAAGGAGAUUGAAAGUGCUGGAGUAAAACUACCUAGUUUUAGUACGAUUUCUAGUGCUAUGGAUGGUAUUUGUGCAACAGAGGCAGGGGGUAAUAGUAGUGGUGAGGUUAAUGAUUUAAGUAAAGGUUUAGUUAGUAAUAGUCUUGGUAGUAGUGAUUUAGUUAGUAAUAGUCUUGAUGGGAGUAGUAUAAGUGAUCCUUUGGCCGUAACUGCUGCUUUAGUUGGUACUAGUUCAGUUGAAGAUGAUACUUUACUAUUGUCAACUCACUUGGCUAAAUCAGUGACUACGGUGCAAGCUAUGAUGCGGACUUUAUUGGCCGGUCGGGCCUUGGCUGAAAUUAAAGGGAAUGUCACUCCUACUCUAUUUGGCUUGCGGUACUUUGCCUCUUUACUAGCUGGGGAUGAGGAGAGGACGGAAGCUUUGAUUGAGGACUUGAACCGGAUUUUAGCCGGAUUGUUUGCUGAGAAUGCAGCUCGGGAGAAGACUUUAAGUGGGUUAGAACAUAGGAUUGCUCUGUUGGUUAAGAAUAAGAUAGGAAGACCGGGGAGUGCUAAGGAUAUUCCGGCUGAUCGUGGGACUUAUGUGCAGUAUAAGAGUUUACAACGACUGUUUGCCCGUUUACAUGAAGAUCCGGAGUUGAUAGUUAAGGCUGUUCUAAGUAUGCGGCCGCGUGAGGCAGAAGCUUUCUGUGCCCAGAAGGUCUUAGGCUUAUUUGGCGCGGCUAAAACGCCACGGGAGGAGUAUGCUUACUUACGACUGAUUGAAGGACUCGUGCGGGCUAAGGAAAGACCGGGUAGUGCUCGGCCUAUUUACUUGGCUGGUGCGGCUUUAAGGGCUCUGGUACUUAGUCAUGGUUUAGGUCAGGUUCAUCAACUUAUUCGUGAUAGUUUACUGAGUAGUUUAGUGGCUGGUAGUGGUUGUAGUAGUACUUUAGCUGAAGUAUGUUUGAAGAGUUUAGUAAGUAUUGGGAAUGAUCAAGUACCUUAUCCAGUGCGAUUUUUGGCCAAGUGUUUAGUGACUAGGUCCGAAUCGGCUGGACUGGCUUUUAGUUUGCUUUGGGAGACAUUAUUUGUCCCUUUGAUUGUCUCGCCUGACCUAGGUAGUGGUUUAGGUCUAACUACUGAACGUCGGGCUGAGCUUGGGGCUAUUUGCACGCAGGCAGGUAUGUUAGCUAGUAGUAGUUCGGAGUGGCAAGAAGCAGUGAGUCGCUGGGUCUUGGAAAUGGGUAAGGUUCAACCUAUUGCUGAGUACUAUACUUUGCAGUAUAUUGAGAGUAGUGUAAUGAGCAACUUACUUUGUUUAUCUGGUGAUGAGGUUAAUUACUUAUUGGGGGCUUUAGGGAUGACUAAAGGUCUACCCCAGGAUAUUCAGGAAUUUGUCAGUGCUUGUUAUCCCUUGCCUUUUAAACUGGUCUUUGUAGUCCCGGGGGGUUUAAGUGGUCGGCCGCAGGAAAGUGUGAGUGCCCGGGAGAAGCGAAUGGCUAAAUGGGCGAUUCUAAGGCUGAUAAGGUGCUGUCCUGGGAAGACUAUUGCUGAGAUACUGCAACGCAAAGCAACGAGUGAGGAGGAGAAGGAGUUUAAUGAGUUGUAUGGCGGGGAGUUGGAGAGGUACAAGGAAGAGACGCGGGGUUUAUUAGCACGACUGUUUGAUCGGGGUGAGAUAAAGAAUGUGCAUACGUGUGAGGAAGUUUUAGGACUAGUUUGUCGGGAUGUAGUGCAUCGGGUUCGGGCUAGAGUGGCUAGACGGCGUGAGAUAGCAGCUACCGAGAAGGCUAUUGCUAGUUUAGAAGCAGCCCGGGUGAGUAUUGAGCAGCGGGAUAAGACUUGUACGGAGUACUUGGCGCAAUUACUGGUGAAGGUAGUGGAUAGUCGGCGGGUGUAUGUAGCUGCAGCUCAGACUUUAUUGGAGAAGGGGGUGGUUUGUCGGAUGUAUAACUGGCAGCCGUCUCAGUUGGAGAGUAUUGAGUUGCGGAUGGCAGUUGAGGACGAUGGCGGAAUUCGGGUGGAGGUACUAGUGCAGGGAUUAGCCGCUAGUAGUGACUGGAUUCGACUGGAUGUUUUGCUUUUGAAAGAAUGCUUAGGCGAGAACGAGAUAGCUUUGGAUGCAAUUGGGUGUGUCUUUUCAGUACCUAAGCUUAUUGCCCUGCUGAACCGGAAGUUCUUAGGAUGA